AGUUUGUUUUGUAAAUGUGUUAUAAAGUGUAAGAAAUAUAAUAAUAUUGUUAUUAAAUAUGCAGUGAAUGUAUGAAUCAAUGAAUCAAUGGUUACAUUAUGUGACACAUUAGCCAUGGAUUAGUUGUAACCAAUUGAUCGCACAAUGAGUAGCACUGAAGACAGCAAAUUGAGUCUAACUGAAGAUCACUUCAGUCAAGACAAGUACCAAUUGGACGCAGACACCGAUGAAUUGAUGUCGACCACCAGUCAGAUGGAGUCGGCGAUCGAUAAACAUAUUAAAAUUUUGCGUAGAGUUACCGAUGAUGACAUAAAAAAGAAAUUAGUGAUAAAAAUAUGUGAAUUAAGGAUCAAAUUGAAUCAAUUGAAUGAUAUCAACGAACAGUUGUAUGUUUGUGGACACAAACUCGUCCAAAGAAAUGACAACAAGAUUGGGUCACAACUUAUCUGCGAUCAGUGUCUUAAGCGAACCAAAAACAAGAUAUUCGGUCUCAAGAAGAAUGAUAACAUGACAUUGAUUUGUCAGUUCUGCCAAUUUGUUGUCCACCGAUACUGUCAAACCAAUAUAAUGCGAAAGUGUCCGAAAAUGAUGUUUGAAGAAAGUGCUCUUAAUGUUAAUCAAAAUGAAAUUUCACGAAACGUUAUCUUAAAGAUCUGCCCAGAAAUAGGUCUUUCAAAUCAAGACUUUCGUUGCGCUGAAUGUAAAGCAACGAUAACUCCAACCAAUAGUCGUAUUUGUGAUUAUAAUGGACUAUAUUAUUGCAAUUGUUGUCAUUUCGGUCAAUUAGAUGCCACCCUAAUUCCCGCCCGUAUUAUACAUAACUGGGAUUUUACUCCCAAACCUGUUAGUAGAAGUUCACUACAAUUUAUUAAUUAUAUCAAAUUAAAGCCAGUUUUGUUUAAUAUCACUGAAUUAAAUUCAAUGCUUUAUGGAUUAGUUGAUGAAUUAACACAAAUAAAGAGAGUUCGCAGUGAAUUGACUCAUAUGUUUAAAUACAUCCGUAUUUGUAGACAACCGACAAAACCUAAGAUAUCACUAAAUAAUUAUUUAUUGGAUGAAAAUUGUCUUAACUGUUAUUCAUUGUCUGAUUUGUGUCAUUUGGAUAAACUUUUACUUAGUGUCAGUGAUGCGCACAAACUAUUUAUGGAUCAUAUUAUAAACCAUUGUGAGGGAUGUCGAGGAAAGGGUUACUUUUGUGAGUUAUGUCGCGAUAGUGACGACCUUUUAUUUGCUUUUUCUUCAAACGUAGCAAAUUGUAAAAUAUGUUCAGCAGUUUAUCACAAAAAUUGUUAUUAUCGUCAAAACAAAGUAUGUCGACGUUGUCAACGACUGGCAAACAAACAAAUGACUAACGAUUCUACAAUAAAUGAAUCAAUUAUUGAUUAAUAAAUUAUUUAUUUUAUGUAAUAUACAGUAUUUAUUUAUAAAAAGAUAUAAAACUAAGUAUAUUUACAAUUUAUG